GGUUCACUUCCGGUGUGUGCAUUAAAGGCGGAAACAGCGGCCUUACAGACGAAACAAAGGACGAUUGAGUUAACCAGUAUGGAAACAGGCUGCACCCAUUAGUCUCCUCCAUCUCCAGUCAAUAUGUCAAAACGGCCAUCCUAUGCCCCCCCUCCUCCCCCUGCCCCAACAACGCAAAUGCCUUCCACCCCAGGGUUUGUGGGCUACAACCCUUACAGCCAUCUGGCCUACAACAACCUCCGGCUGGGAGGGAGCUCCGGAGGCUCCAGCAGGAACUCCUCAGGGAUCACCGUCCCAAAGCCUCCCAAGCCUCCAGACAAGCCUCUGAUGCCUUACAUGCGGUACAGCCGGAAGGUAAGCAGGAAGGUAUGGGACCAAGUGAAAGCAUCCAACCCAGACCUGAAGCUGUGGGAGAUCGGAAAGAUUAUCGGAGGCAUGUGGAGAGACCUGACUGAUGAAGAGAAACAGGACUACCUGAACGAGUAUGAAGCUGAAAAGAUUGAAUACAACGACUCUCUGAAGGCCUACCACAACUCUCCAGCCUACCUAGCCUACGUUAAUGCCAAGAACCGGGCUGAGGCCGCCAUGGAGGAGGAAAGUAGGCAGAGGCAGAGUCGUAUGGACAAAGGAGAGCCGUACAUGAGCAUUCAGCCCGCUGAAGACCCUGACGACUAUGACGAUGGUUUUUCAGUAAAGCACACAGCAGCUGCUCGCUUUCAGAGGAACCACCGACUCAUCAGCGACAUCCUCAGUGAGAUCGUUGUGCCCGAUGUCCGCUCAGUGGUCACCACAGCCCGCAUGCAGGUCCUCAAAAGGCAGGUCCAGUCUCUCAUGGUGCACCAGAGGAAACUGGAGGCAGAACUCCUGCAGAUUGAGGAUCGCCACCAGGACAAGAAAAGACGUUUCCUAGAGACCACGGACUCAUUCAACACUGAACUAAAGCGGUUGUGCAGUCAGAAAGUGGAAGUGGACAUGGAGAAGCUAGCAGCAGAAAUGGCGGCGGCUGAAGAAGCAGCGAGGCGGCGUGCAGAGGAGAGGGAGCGUGAGGCAGCUGAGCAGGCGGAGAAAGCCGCUCAGCAGCAACAGCAACAACAGCAGCAACAGGAGGCAGCAGGAAACAAAGCAGCAGAGCAGAGCAGUACUACUGGCACCACGGCUAACCCCAGCUCAGAGACCAAGGACGAUGAGAAACCCACACCAAUGGAGACGGAUGAGGCAGCACCUGCAGAGUCCUCCUCAGACCCCAAACCCACACCGCCUCCUCCAUCCGAUCCCCCGUCCUCCGCUUCCGAUAAAGCCUCUCCUCCACCUGAGCCCCCGGCUGAGAUGGCCACACCCAGCAGCAGCGCCCCUAGUGACGACAGCAGCAGCAGCAGCAGCAGCAGCGCGCCCCCCACCUCUUCAGACGGUACCUCGACAGGACUGGCCCCCGCCGCCUCGGACCCUGCACCCCCCGCCCCGGAAACCAACUCGGGCAGCGUGUCCAACCAGGCUGCUCCGUCUAUACCCGCCUCAGAAGAACCGGCCCCUCCCCCGCCGCUACUACCCCCCAGCCAGAGCAGCCAGCAGUAUGACAUGUAAGAGGGAGGUUGGUUAAACACACGGGCAGCUCUAGCAGACCAGGUUCAGAGGGAACAGCUCUGUAGUAGGACCUGUUGAUGUCAAACACCUAAUAUGCAUUUCAUACAGAAGAACAAAGCUGGGCACUCAGUUAAGGACGUGUCAAAUCUAAGAUGAGACGCAGCACUGACUUAGUCUGAACUGCACAAACCUAAUACCUGAGGCCUCGUCCACGCUUGUGCUGGUAGUUUCCCAUCAGUCUUACUGAUUGUAAUCAUGUCCACCAGGCCACAGCAGCCUGUUUGUGUUUGUGUGCAGCCACUGUUUGGGAAGGUAAGAUGAGAUCAGAAGCUUUCUCACUAAAUGGCAGUAAAUGUUACAAACACUGCACUGGAAAAAGUCCAAAUCUUACCUAGUGUAUUUUUCUCAUUUCUAUAGUCCAGAUAUCUCAUCACACUUAAAAUAAGACAUAAUCACCUAAAGAGUAACUUUACAGUGAGAUUUAAGAACUGAUUUUUAGACA